AUGACUGUUAUCGAUGAGGCGUUCAAGAAGAUCGACAGCGGGAUGAAGACGAAAAACAAGCGGUUUGUGAAAUUGUUGUGGAAACAGACGACUGUAUUCGACAAGCUCUGCAACUUUGCUGCGAACGAUAAUUACCCGUUUGACAUCUCUUCGCGCGCACUCUUUUUACUCUCCGAGUUGACGGUUAACAAAAACUUCUUUCAGUCGUUUGCACACGAUAGUCUCAAUACAAUGCUUCCAAGGUUAAAUAAAAUCCUAACGCCACCAUUUAAGAUGGCGAAUGACCCUCUAGUUCAAAGUACAUUCUUCUUAUUGGCUAACAUUAUUUUGUAUUCGGACUUUUCAAGGCCAUAUGUACUCACUGUGGAGUUCUUAAACCAAUUUGUUGCAAUUGCCGACUUCUAUUUGACUAAAGAAAGAAACAUCUAUGACUCAUUACUGAUGAUGGUCUAUGCUUUGGUAACAAUAACUCCACAAUCAGAAUGUAUUGUAGAUUUGACACUCAAGUAUUUGCCAUUAUUGGGUCAACAUUUUAGAGACGACACAUCAACAAUGCUGACAUUAAAGUGUUUAAGAAUGUUGUCGUGUUACAAUGACGGUCAGUUGGUUUGUAAAACGUCCAAUGUGACUUUUGUCUUUGAAACCCUCAAAGACGUCUCACUCUUUGGAGCGUCCGAUAUGAAUUUUGUGAUCAUCGAAACUGUCAACAAUUUCUUGACAAAGAAUCCGUGUAUUGCCGAGAAGUAUAUGGCAGUCUAUCGUAACUUGGUCAAAAAUUUACCAAACCUCGUUGUGAGCUCCGACACUAUGUUAAACUCAAUGGCGAAUAUUCUUCAACACUACCCAUAUCAAGUCCAACUACUUGACAUCAUUUUGGAUCAAUGUUUGUUUAAAGUAGUGUUGGAUGCGAUGAAAAGUCCACACGUCUUAAUCUCUCAAAGCGCAAUUCAACUUGUAGAACUGGCGUUUCAAAUUUCUAAAUGUGAAUACCAGUGUUUUUCUAAAUUGUUUAAUUUGGAAAUCACUUCGGCAGUGUGUGAAGCGUUGCAAAUCAGUGUUAAGGAAUGUCGAAAACAACAUACAACUGUGUUAGUAGAUCUGCUCAUUUCUCUUUUCGAUGUCUGUUCUUCAAAUGACCAAAUGUUCUUGUCAAGGUAUAUAGAACAGAUGGAAGAAACUGAAGGCUUGGAUACGCUUAACAACGUUAGCCAAAUCUACCAAUUCCUCUCUCUGAAAGUAAACAAGUUUGUUUUUAUGCUGAAAAGAUCAAUUGAAGAGAUUAUAAAAAGCGUUAUCACUGAUUUGUAG